AUGUUUCUUUGAUCCUUUCUACUCGUGGUCAGACGAGUCGUGCAAGCGCAGCCUGGUUAGGUUUAUGUCUCAUGCGUGAAAAGUAACAGAAAGGACAUACGAGAUGUCGUUAUCAACGGCGCGACCACUUAUUACGGUCUAUACUGACAAGAAUGAGGCAUCGGGUGAUACAAUUUCCCUGCCAUCUGUCUUCAAAGCACCAAUUCGUCCUGAUAUCGUUAAUGUCGUCCAUCAGUUGAUUUCUACAAACAGAAGACAACCGUACUGUGUUUCUAAAGAAGCCGGUCAUCAAACCUCUGCUGAGUCAUGGGGUACUGGACGUGCUGUGGCCCGUAUACCUCGUGUACGUGGCGGUGGUACCCACCGUUCUGGUCAGGGUGCUUUUGGUAACAUGUGCCGAGGCGGGCGUAUGUUUGCACCUACUAAGCCGUGGCGUCGUUGGCAUCAUCAUGUCAACGUCAAUCAGAAGCGUUAUGCUCUCGUUUCUGCCAUUGCCGCCUCUGGUGUUCCUGCGCUUGUCCAAUCUAAAGGACACUUGAUCCAAGAGGUUCCGGAAUUCCCGCUCGUUGUUUCUGAUAAGAUUCAAGAAUACACGAAAACCAAGCAGGCUGUCAUCUUUUUGAGACGCAUUAAGGCUUGGAAUGAUAUCCAAAAGGUGUAUAAAUCUCAACGUUUUCGUGCUGGUAAAGGUAAAAUGCGUAAUCGCCGACGCAUUCAGCGACGUGGACCUCUAAUUGUAUAUGGCCAAGAUCAGGGUAUUCGUAAAGCAUUCCGCAAUAUCCCAGGCGUUUCUCUAAUGAACAUCAACAAGAUGAAUCUGUUGAAGUUGGCACCUGGCGGUCACGUCGGACGCUUUGUAAUCUGGACGAAGUCCGCUUUUGAGCAGUUGGAUGCCCUUUAUGGAACCUGGCGUAAAGAAUCACAGCUUAAGAAAGGAUAUAACUUGCCAUUUCCUAAAAUGGCCAAUACGGAUCUAUCCAGACUUCUAAAGUCUGAGGAAAUUCGCAAAGUCUUAAGAGCUCCUAGGUAA